AUGGCGGUACCGGACGAGGCGUCCGGCGACAUUGGCGCUGUUGCUGCUGAGCGGCCGCUGGUGAAGUGGUCCGCGUCCGUGUGGAGCAACGACGAGGACGCAGUGCUGCGGGAGCAGGUGCGGCUGCACGGCGGCGCGCAGAACUGGGUGAGCAUCAGCGCCGCGCUGCCCGGCCGCACCGCCAACUCGUGCUGCCUCCGGUGGUGCCACCACCUGGCCCCAGGCGUUGACGACGCCAAGCCCUUCACGCCCGAGGAGGACGAGCAGAUCAUCAUGCUCCAGAGCCGAUACCCAAACAAGUGGUCCACCAUCGCCGGUUUUCUCCUGGGCCGCACCGACGUUGACACCAAGAACCGCUGGAACUCCGUCCUCUGCAAGCAGCAGACGCAAGAACCGGUGCUCGACCACUACCCGCCCGCGGAGACCAGCGACCCGGGGGAUGACCAGAGCGGCUCGUGCCUCGUGCUGUUCCCGCUGGCGCCCGGGGAUCUCAUCAGGGGCAACGAUGCGAGCGACGCCGCGGCGAUGGAUGUGGAUUAUGGCGUUGAAGACCCGCUCACCGAGCUGAGGCUCUGGCCGUCCACGACCACGAGGACCACGAAGAUGGCGGAGUUCAAGGCGAUGGCGCAAGCUGUUCGGGCGCCAUAG